AUGACUCAUUCGUUGAGUUCGUGGGAAAGGCCCUUCCUGAAUAACAUCGUCCCUCUCCCCAUCUCUCUCUAUAUAUAUCUUUCUCUCUCUCUCCAUAUAUACUUAUCUCUCUCUUUCUCAGUCCCAACGGUCUCUCUCUACAUAUAUACUUCUCUCUCUCUCUCUCUCUUUCUCAUUCCCAUCUGUCUCUCUCUAGAUAUAUACUUCUCUCUAUCAUUCUCAUCCAUAAAUACUUCUCUCUCUCAUUCCCAUUUGUCUCGCUCUACAUAUAUACCUCCCUCUCGUUCCCAUCUCUCUCUCUCCGUCUCUCUCUCUCUGCAUACAUACUUCUCUCUCAUUCCCAUCUGUCUUUCUCUUUCUAUGUAUAUAUCUCUCUCAUUCCCAUUUGUCUCUAUCUACAUAAAUACUUCUCUCUCUCAUUCCCAUCUGUCUCUCUCUACAUAUAUACUUCCCACUCAUUCGCAUCUCUCUCAAUCUCUGCAUACAUACUUCUCACUCUCAUUCCCAUCUGUUUUUCUCUAUAUAUACUUUCUCUCUCUCUCUCUCUCUCUCACUGCCAUCUGUCUCUCUUUACAUAUGCACCUGUCUGUCAUUGCUAUCCCUUUCUUUUUGGAUAUAUACUUCUCUCUUUCUCUCUUACUCUCACUCUCUCUCAUUCCAUCCGUCUCUACACAUAAAUACUUCUCAUUCUCUCUCUCUCUCGUUCCCAUCUGUUUUUCACUACAAAUAUACUUCUCUCUCUCCAUAUAUAUUUUCUCCCUCUACCUCUCUCUCUCUCUACAUAUAUACACCUUUCUUAUUCCCAUCUGUCUCUCUCCAUAUAUACUUCUCUCUCUCAUUCCCAUCCGUUUCUCCCUCUCCUUAUAUACUUCUCUCUCACUCAUUUCCAUCUCUCCUUCUCUAUAUAUACUUCCUCGUUCUCAUCCGUCUCUCUCUACAUAA